ACACGCAAUUUGUAUCCAGAAGAGAGUCCUGAACAUCGCGGAGCGGGAGCGUAGUGUGCGUUGAAGCAAGUUGAACGCGCGCGCAUGUACGUACUCGGAGCCCUCACACAACCACAGCAGGCCUGGACUGGAGACUGGCGUUUUGGCUGGAAAUAAACUGACGACUCACACAAGCUCACUCUUCCUCACUUGUCGAACGGCGGCGCUGGAAACAGAUGAAAAUUAUUUUCAUCCUCCGGAGAGAAGUUGAUCCGAAAGCCACAAGUACAAAGUGCCACCAGCUAUCAGUUGUGAAAUCGUCCUUCGGAACCAGGAACCAACAAUCGCGUCCUUCCAAAGUGUGUCGUGAAUAAUUGUGAAGUGAGAGUGCUCUAAAUUCAACGGAAGUUAUGGACAGUUUUCUGGUAGAUUCCGAUCCGGUCAUCCCGAAGGAUUUGGGCGACAUGCCAAAGGAGCAGCAAAAGUUUGACCUCAUUGCGAAUGACGACGACAGCCACUCCCGUUUUAUGGCCGCGGAAAAAUCGGACAGUUCGAAGAAAUUCCCUUCGGAGGUCACGGACCUGCUCGGGGAUUCGUUCGCCAUGUCCAACCCGGUUCCCGUGCCCCCGCCCGCAACCGCAGCCCACGACAAUCGGGAUCUCUUCCACGAGAAGGAUAACUUUGACGACUUCUUCAUGAAAUCAGUGGAAGAGAAGAAAAAUCCGGAACCUGCCGCGUUUGCACCGAGCUCCCUGAUUGACAUCGGCGGCGAGCCAGACUUUUUCGGUGCACAGAAGCAGCCAACCGCCUCCGUGGUGGAUGACUUUGAAGACGCCAACCAGGCCGAUGAUCUCACCAAAGCCAAGGACACAAUCGAGAGUGACUACAUGAACCCGUACGCCGAAGUGCGGUCCAACCCGGCCAAAAAGGUCGAAGAACCACCGCUCGUCGCCGCCGACCCUCCAGCUGCUUCCACAAAGGACGACGACAUCUUCAACGAUUUCUCUAGUCAUCAGGCCGCCAAACUCGACCAAUUUUCCGAGCCAAUGUUCGAUGACUCACCGCCAACUCCGCCGAUCGUGAUCCCCAAAGCAGCUCCAGCCCCUGCUCCUGCUCCGGCCCCCGAACCGGUGGUCAUCACCCCGGCUACCCCGAAGUCAGCUGAUCCGCCCAAGGAGAAGCCCAAACCGGCCCCAACCCCGGUCGUCGUCGCCGAGCAAAUCCAGGCCGAGAAGAUCUUCAAGCAGUUUGGUUUAGAUGCCUGGUUCAAGCCGGAAAAACUUCAUCCUAGAGUGGAAUCGCUGAUCUACUGGCGCGAUGUCAAGAAGUCGGGCAUCGUGUUCGGCGCCGGCCUCUCGGUCCUGAUCGCCAUGUCGCUGUUCUCGCUCAUCAGCGUCUUCUCGUACGUCUCGCUGCUGGUCCUGUUCGGUACGGUGUCGUUCCGGAUCUACAAAAAUGUGCUGCAGGCAGUGCAAAAGACGGCCGAGGGCCACCCCUUCAAGGAAUAUCUGGACUUUGAUCUGACUCUGUCCCAGGAGAAGGUCCAGCAGCUGACCACGGUCGCGGUGGCGCACUUUAACGCCCUGCUUUCGGAGCUGCGCCGUCUCUUUCUGGUCGAGGAUCUCGUCGAUUCGAUCAAGUUUGGCGUCGUCCUGUACUGCUUAACCUACGUCGGUGCCAUCUUCAACGGAAUGACGUGCGUCAUCAUUGCAUUCAUCGCACUCUUCACCUUGCCAAAGGUUUACGAAAACAACAAGCAGUCCAUCGACGCCUACUUGGAGCUGGUCAGAAGCAAAAUUUUGGAAAUCACCGAAAAAGUAAAAGCGGCUGUUCCUCUGGGCAAGAAGGUCGAAGCUGACAAGGAGAAAUAAGUUGAUGUAGAUUGUAUUUCUGAAAGUUUUUCUUUUUAAUUUCCUUAUUUAUUAUUCGAUUUGAUGAUUAAACUACCACAAACAAAUGAGAUGUGAAGCAAAGACGAAAUAUCGAUAAUAUUUUUUUCCAAGAAAAUUGUAAUUAAAAACAAUGUAACCGUUUUAAUAGCAAGUACACAAAACAAAUCCCCUAUUGAACGAUGGAAUCCCAAUUCGAUUUCUAGUUGAGAAGCGCAGCAGAUCGACAAUGCAAAAAGAAGAAAAGAAAACAGAAGAAUAAAUGGAUAAUGAUAUUAAAACAAACACUCAACAUAAUGUUCUAUUUCCGUUGCCUUUGAUUUUAUCCUCGUGAUUAUUGAAUGGAUCACAACAAAACAAUACACAACACAAACACACAGCAAACAAAAACAUGCGUAGUAAAAAUAGUUGUAAUAAUUCAAAACAACAAAAAACUCUUUGCAUAGAUGAGAUUAAAACACUCACACAUAAAACGAACCACUGAAAAGAAACAGAAAGUUAGAAGAAAAAACAAACUUCAACAA